CGCGAAGACGCGUAGACAUGGAAAUAAUUAUGUAUUGACACGAUGCAGGAUUAGAGUGGUCUCUGUCGCUGUCUCCUAGCGGUCGAACAACAAAGGUCGCCUGAUGGCGGGGAACAACUUCCUGCCUGCCCGAGUAAACUACGGGAAUCAGGUGACUGGUCCCUGGGUAUUUGGGAUGGUGUGGCAUCACGGAGUCAUGGCAGCAGUGGCAAUCUCAAACAUUGUGAAGAGUUCACUUGGUCCUGUUGGCUUGGACAAAAUGCUUGUUGAUGACAUUGGAGAUGUCACCAUCACCAAUGAUGGUGCUACAAUUUUGAAGCUGCUGGAAGUGGAACAUCCUGCUGCCAAAGUAUUAGUGGAAUUGGCUCAGCUGCAAGAUGAGGAAGUUGGUGAUGGCACAACUUCUGUGGUGGUUUUGGCUGCUGAAUUGCUGAAGAAUGCUGAUGAAUUGGUGAAGCAGAAGAUCCAUCCGACAUCUGUCAUAAGUGGUUAUCGACUGGCUUGCAAAGAGGCAGUGAAGUAUAUCCAGGAAAACUUGACAGCUAAUGUUGAUGUCCUUGGUCGUGAGUGCUUUAUUAAUGCUGCCAAGACAAGCAUGUCCAGCAAGUUGAUUGGAGCUGAUGCAAAUUUCUUUGCGGAGAUGGUGGUGGAUGCAGCUGAAGCAGUUAAGGUGUCUGAUGGGAAAGGGUCAUUCAAAUAUCCUAUAAAGGCUGUGAAUGUACUUAAAGCACAUGGCAAAAGUGCCAGGGAAAGCAUUCUGGUGAAUGGUUAUGCCAUCAACUGCACUGUUGCAUCCCAGGCAAUGGUGAAGAAGGUCACAAAUGCCAAGAUAGCAUGCUUGGACUUUUCUCUCCAGAAAGCCAAAAUGAAACUUGGAGUGCAGGCAAGUGUUGUAUACUGA